ACACAGUGGUAGGUUGGUGUCAUUGACAUCAGUCAGUGUAGUGUCGAUCACACUUGCUUCAGCUACCUGCCUCCCUUCCUGCCUCACCUUCUACCUAACUCAGCUAGCUAGCUACCUUCAGGUUUCUUCGCUCUCACUGCACAAGAGCACAAAGGCUUCACUCACCUCCGCAGAAGAAAAAUGGGCUCGGAGGCUGAGAAGAAAACCGUGGAAGUGGAAGGCAUCGCAUUCCCGGCGGAGAUCGCCGUCAGCAAGCCUCUCUCCCUCCUAGCUCACGGCAUCACGGACAUUGAGAUCCACUUCCUCCAGAUAAAGUACACCGCCAUUGGGAUCUAUGUCGAGAAGGGCAAUGUCCUCGAGCAUCUACAGGACUGGAAGGGCAAGAAGGCCGAGGAGCUGGUGGAAGACGAUGCUUUCUUUCAGGCCCUCGUUUCAGCUCCUGUGGAGAAGCUAUUCAGGGUGGUGGUGAUCAAGGAGAUCAAGGGCUCGCAGUACGGCGUGCAGCUCGAGAGCUCCGUGCGCGACCGCCUCGUCGCCGUCGACAAGUACGAGGAUGACGAGGAAGAGGCGCUCGAGAAGGUCACCGAGUUCUUCCAGUCCAAGUAUUUCAAGCCCAGCUCCGUCAUCACCUUCCACUUCCCGACCACUCCUGGAGUUGCAGAGAUAUCGUUUGCGACGGAAGGCAAGGAUGAAGCGAAGAUUACGGUGGAGAACGACAACGUGGCUGGGAUGAUCCAGAAGUGGUACCUGGGCGGCACAUCCGCGGUUUCUCCCACGACCGUCCGGAGCCUGGCCGAGCAUUUCGCAGCGCUGCUCUCCCCAUGAUUGCUGCUGGAAGUGCUCAUAUGCUUCCAGCUUAAUUGGGCUCGUGAAUUCUGUCCUCGGCUCUCGUGUGUUGCAGCAAAUUGCAAAUAAGACUAUUUUUUUUCUUCAACUAUCUGGUUCCUGGAAUGCAUGAAUGUUAUCCAAGGAAAACACUAUCGGUGAUAAACCCGGUUUACCGGGUAUAUCGAUGGACCUCGGUAGAAAAAAAAAAAUAUCAUGUUCAUUAGAAUUUUAUUUGAAUUUUGUUCGCUAUAUCUGAUAUUUCAGAUAAAUUGUGUUUGUCAGUGGCUUCCUGUAAAUUUUUAUCUACCGGUAAUGUUUUUCUUGAUGUUA